CUAAGUGAAAGUCGAAACCGAGCAACAACCAUAGCCACCAUCGAAAGAAUCAAAGAUGAACACAGACAUUACAGCGUCGGCUAAACCAGAGUACCCCGUUAUAGAUCGGAAUCCUCCCUUCACCAAAGUCUGUGGCAAUUUCAAUACCCUCGAUUACCUCCGUUUCGUCACCAUCACCGGCGUUUCCGUCACCGUCGGCUACCUCUCCGGGAUAAAGCCGGGAUUGAAAGGACCGUCAAUGGUGACGGGAGGGCUGAUAGGACUAAUGGGUGGUUUUAUGUACGCUUACCAGAACUCGGCUGGUCGACUCAUGGGAUUUUUCCCUAAUGAUGGUGAGGUCGCUCAGAACCAGAAACGUGUAUUCAACAAAUAGAUCUUUUUUCUUUCGUCUUUCAUGUUUCCU